UUUAGUUUCUUAAAAGGAACGUGAAGAGGGAGCUUGCAAAUUUCGUGAUUUUCUUGCUCCCUUUCGGCGCACGUGGAUUAUGUUUUCAUCUCAAAAGACGAGAAAUUACAUUAAAAAAUCUCACAAUACAGUGAUAAAGUAAACUCACAUUGUUUUCGAUAAAUUUUGGAAAAAAAUAUACAUUAUUUAUUUAUUACUUUAACUCAAUUAUUUAAGAUGUCUAUUGUUUCGUCACGAGUAAGCAGUGUGGCUUCUAUUUUGAAGACACCAGGUUCGAGAUCAUCUCUUCUCGAUCAACCAAAACGAAUUCGUUUCAAGCUACCCGAUGAUUUUAGAAAUGUUCUUCUAAAUUUCGAAACUGGUGCUGAUAAUCAAAUGUACAAAGAUUUAGUGUGUAUAAUACGAGAUUCAAAUCUAAAGGACAAUGAACUACUGUCGUUGUUGUCUGAUGUUCAGCAGUGUAUAACUUUGCUUAAUGAACGACAUAGACUAUUAAUCGAAGCACUACUCAAUAUUUCUUGGACUGAUCGUUCCCUGGAAGUAACCACAGCAUACAAAAGAUUUGUUGAAGAACUUUUGGUUGCACAUGUUUAUCAUUCGAAAUUCGUCAUGGAUAAAUUAAUUCAAAAGUUUAAACCAGUUAAUUCUUCGGACCCUGAAUGGGAAAAUGGAAAACCAAGAUCAGAAGAUUUACAGAGAUUAAAUCACGUUCAUGAUAUUCUUCAAAGAUUUUUACACGUUAUUCCCAUGUGCCAAGAUGUUUUAAUGCAAUCAUUAGCAUCGGCUUAUCCACACAUGUCCCUCGGGACACAUUCACACGAAUUAUACGUUUACGCUUUACUUCAAAUUACCGAAUAUGCGCCUAAAAUUCGACGAGCGAUUUUACAUUUGAUAGUUCACAGAUUAGUAGAAUUGGACGCAAACGCUUCGCCCUCGGACAUUCACUCCUAUGAGGAGGACAAUGAGGACGAGGCAAUGGAGGAGGAUGGUGCAAUAUUUAAUUUAGAAAUUAGUCAGGACGAGAAAUUGGCAACGAACGAAAGAAAAAGGGAAACAAAACAUCCAAUUGCUCGUACUCUCGAUGUCUGUAUGGAGCAAAUGUUUAUUUUCAUUUACAAUUCAUGUCACGUGAAUGAAAAAUUAGAAAUUGAUCUUCUAAAAACGAUCUACAAUGAUCUAUUGAAUAUUUUCGAGGAACUAAUUCUACCGACCUGUGGACAUCACGUUCAGUAUCUUCUCUUCUAUUUGUGCAGUUUUAGAACGGCCGUCGUUGAGGCUUUCGUGAAAUUUCUUUGGCAAAAGGUUUCUAAUCCAAAUGUACCACAUUUUUUGAGACAACAAGCAGUCGCCUAUGUUGUCGGUCUACUCGCCAGGGCCACAUUUAUUCCGUUGAAUUUACUCCAAGGUAUCUUGGCGGAAAUGGCAAAUUGGAUUCACAGUUAUAUUUAUUCGCAAGAUAGUCUUGAAUGCGUUAAUAACGAUAUUCGGGUUCACAUUGUUUUCUAUUCAAUUUGUCAGGGAUUAUUUUAUUUACUCGCCUUUCGUCACAAGGAAAUAAUGAACGGCAGAAAAAAUCUACUAUUCUUACAAGGACUGAAUUUAAAUAAAAUCGUUAGCUGCCGACUAAAUCCAUUGAAGGUUUGUCAAUCGGCAGUUGUACAAAAUUUCGCCGCAGUAACGAGAAAAUAUCAAUUGGCAUAUUGCUAUACAGUUAUUGAGCAUAAUUCAAGAAGUAAUUUACCCGUUUAUAAUAUGGGAAAUAUAAUGACAAUAACAUUGGAGCCAUUUUUUCCAUUUGAUCCAUAUUUGUUGGCGAGAAGUGAACAAAGAAUAAUUCAUCUCUACUAUAAUAGUCAAUGUAUGACAUUGAAUGUUGAAAGUAAGAAAACCAAUCAGUACGAGGACGAUGACGAUUUCAUUGACGAAUCAUUUUCAUCCGAUACAAAUUCCCACAGUUAUUUGGAGAAAUUUUCAUAUGGCACGUCACCGGGUUUUGUACAUACAACAAAAAGACAAUUUUAUGUAUCAAAUUUUGUUUUUAAUAUUCGUAAUAACUAAAUACUAUUUAUUUACAUAAAUUAUUUGUAUAAAAAUGGAAAGUGAAACAAGCCUCACGUAAUUCUUA